AUGUCCUGCGGAGGUGCCACCACGGUGUCCUGCGGAGGUGCCACCACGGUGUCCUGCGGAGUGCCACCACGGUGUCCUGCAGAGAGAGGUGCUCCCAUGGUGUCCUGCGGAAGAGCUACUCACGGUGACCUGCGGAGAGGUGCUCCCAGUGACCUGUGGUGGUACUCCCACGGUGUCCUGCAAAGUGCUCCCACGGUGUCCUGUGGAGAGGUGCUCCCCGGUCCUGCGGCCCAGCCACAAGACCAAAGCAGGCCAGCCACAAGACCCAACAGGCUCAACCAGGAGACCCAAAGCAGAUCCAGCCACAAGACCCAAAGCAGGUGCAGGCAUAAGACCCAAAGCAGGCCCAGCCAGCAAGACAAAACAGGCCCAGCACCGCAAGACCCAAAGCAGGCCCAAACCAAAGACCCAAAGCAGGGCCCAACCAGGAGACCCAAAGCAGGCCCAACCAGGGGCCGUCAGGCCCAACUAGGAGACCCAAAAGCAGGCCCAGUCACAAGACCCAAAGCAGGGGCCCAGCCACAAGACCCAAAGCAGGCCCAGCCGCAAGACCCAAGCAGUCUCAACAGCAGAGGACCAAAGCAGGCCCAAGCAGGAGACCCCAAAGCAGGCUCAACUAGGGAGACCCAAAGCAGGCCCAGUCACAAGACCCAAAGCAGGCCCAGCCAGCAAGACCCAAAGCAGUCUCAACCAGCAGAGAACCCAAAGCAGGCCCAACCAGCAGAAGACCCAAGACAGGCCCAACCAGCAGAAAACCCAAAGCAGGCCCAACCAGCAGGGGACCCAAAGCAGGCCCAACCAGCAGAGACCCAAAACAGGCCCAACCAGCAGAAGUCCCAAAACAGGCCCAACCAGCAGAGAACCCAAAGCAGGCCCAACAUGAAGACUAAAGCAGGCCCAACCAGCAGAAGACCCAAAGCAGGCCCAACCGCCAGGACCCAAAAGCAGGCCCAACCACCACCAAGACCAAAAGCAGGCCCAACAUGA